AUGCGUUCCAUCAUCGCUGUUGCUGCUUUCGCGGCUGUUGCCAUGGCCCAGAGCUCUGACACCGCUGUCUCAGUGUCAAACCCAGCCACCCAGUACCUGACCGAGACAAACUCCCUCGGAGUCGUCACUGGCCAGCCAACUGCCGUCACUUCUCAACCCGACGCCAUUACCUCCCAGCCUAGUGUCAUCACCUCUCAGACAGCUGCGGCGUCGAUCCCUGCUGGCCUGUCUACUCCCGUUGUACCGUUGUCGUCUACUAGCUCUACCGCUGCUGUUCCUAGCGGCAGCUCUUCCGCCGUCUCGCACUCUUCCUCUACCUCUGGCUUCUCUACUACAACCUCAUCUAGAUCGAGCAGCAGCACCUCUGGCUCGUCAAGCUCUUCCAGCUCGUCUGCUUCAACAACCACAUCCACCGGUGCCGCUGCGAUCGCCACCGCGGGUCCCAUGGGCCUUUCCCUCGUCGCUGCUGCUGCUAUGCUUCUUUAA